CAGUGAGUCAAGACGACCGAUUUUAUUGUUUCUAAAACCUCGUCCGGCAGCCACCAGCCGUUCAGCACCGAGCGAAUCCUUAAGGUUUCUCGCCGGAAAAUCUCACAAUGGCGUCGUGGAAGAUAGCGUCUAGGUUAUCGUCUCGGUCGCAGCCUAUUGCCGUGAAGCUCAGCAAAACAUCUGUUUCUCUGCUCUCAUCAGCUUCUCAGUCUCCGGCUAGACGCAUUUCUCGCAUCCCUAGAUUACCAAGGGCGUUGAGUAGUAUAGGAUCGAUGAUGCCACUCCAUAGCGCAACAGCUUCAGCAAGAUUAUUAUCCAGCUUGUCUAUUGAGGGUAGCGGUUGGGGAUUAGUUCCCCAAGGUAUCUCAAUGCCUUUAUGACAGCUUCAUGGAGUCAGAAGUGGCCAUGAAUGUAGGAAAUUAGGAAUCACGUUAACACCUGUUUAAUGUUUUUGUCUCCCCUCUGGUUUCAGAGGCACAGGAUUUUAGGUGUUUACCAAUAUCCUUAAGGUGCACUGGCUACAGAUUCAACAUGAAUUAGUACAUUGACUUAUUGUUUAAACUUUAUUCUCUUCAGCUGGCUUUUACUUUUGAAUUCCUCCUACUCAAUAUGGAUUUUUAAUUUUUACCAUGUUGAGGAAACAGUUAUCCUCUAUAAUAAGGAGAGGUGCUCAUU